AUGAAACGGGGCCCGUCGAAGAGGCCGAGGAGCGACUCGCUGGACAGUGAGUACAUGCGGAGAAACUCGCUGCCAUCGAUCGCGCCGGUGUCGCCCCACCAUCGGGCCUCGUUCGGCGCCGUGGGCUCGACUGGUCCUCUCCAGCCGCUGAAUAAUGGUCAGCAUCAGCAACAACAGCAACAGCAGGUGCAACAGCAAGUUCAACAGCAAGUUCAACAGCAGGUUCAGCAGCAGGUUCAGUCGCAUGUGACUCAGAAUGAGACCCAGAAUCAGACCCAGGCUCAGUCUCAGUCCAUUCCUCAACAUCAACAACCACCAAGAUUGGCUGCAAUUUCGUCGCCAGGUUCGAGAUAUGAACGUCUGCCGUCCAUUGAUACUCUGACGUAUGGCGGUUCAGCAGGUGUUUCUGAUAGCUUGUCUCCUAAAGCUAGUGGAAGUAAUAGCAAUGGCAGCGGUGGCCUGGUUCCGGGUCCAUCAAGUGCCGGUCCAGGUGGCCCGUCUUCUCCGUCAUGGCCUCCAGUCCAUGGAUUACCGACACCUCCACCACCACCUCAAAAUCAUUCUCCUUUACUCUCAGCAACUUCUCCGUUGCCAGCUUUCCCAUCUGUAAUGUCCAGUCGCCCUUCAGGAGGAAGUCCAGCUGGGUCGGCCAACAAUCGACCUGUUCAGACAAAACCUCGUGCUAGUUCUUUUAAUCUGCCAGUUCCGACUACUGCAACGACAACGACUAACAGUAUUAUUAACCAUCCCAAUUCGAAUGGAAAUAACUACUUUUCAAAAGCUUCGACCAACUCGUCUGCUCCCGCUUAUAGAAGAUCGACUCGUCACAGUUCUAUCAGCUCUAUUGACUCGUUCGACUCGGAUGCCAGUUCUGGAGGACUCAGUCCUGCUAAUUAUCAGUCGUCUCGAUCGAAUAGUAAUACUUCUGCAAUGAGUAUGCCAGAUAUUUCCAAUCUGAAUACCAACUUCCCAGGCUGGAACGACCGAUUCAUUGACAGUUAUUAUCAGCUUAUUCAUCCGACUCUGCCAGUUUUACCUCCUAGUAAAGUACAACUACGAGCCAGAUUAGAGAAAUGUUCGAACCCAGAUAUCCGAUUUGCUCUUUUAAGCACCAUUUCUGGAUUAAUCUACUCUUCGGAGAACGGUCGAAACAGUUCGGAGCUCGCUCAUUAUCGUGGUCAAGCUUUACAAGCACUUGCUAAUUCAACUGUAUCGCCAUCUGAUAACAAACAAACGGAAAUUAUCAGGUUGAUGACGCUGAUUCUGUUUUACCUUCAAACACGACAAUCGUCUUGGUUGGGUGCUGCUAUCAGCCAAGCAUAUUCCAUGUCUCUUCAUAUCACCAGUCCACGACACGGGAUUUACGCCAGACAGGGCAGUGCCGGUAGUAUUGGAAGUGUUUCUCCUGGAAGAUACGAUUCGGCUACUGACAGUGAAGAUGAUGCCAAAGUGUGUCGACGACUGUUUCUUGUGUUGGUGAUUUUGGAUCGAAUGAACUCUGCUGUACAUUCACACAUUCCACUUCAGAUUCCUGACCACUAUGUUACUUCAGAACAAGAUGACCUCGACUCGUUUGCUGGUAACCGGUCGAAUGUGGAGAUGGUUCGUCUUUGUAUGAAUCUUGGACGAGUGUCAAAACUCCUGGAAGAAUCACGACCUCUGGGUACCCUUCCCGAGAGCAGGUCGGUGCUUCGACUGUGUGGAGACCUCGACUCGAUUGGUCGGUCGCUGGAAGGACUAUGGGAUACUGUUCCCAUUCUAAAAGCUGUAUACUACUUUGCACGACUGAUUCUCGACCGAGUGGCUCCUACUGCCAACAUCAUCAACGACGCCACCACAUUAAGCUUUCUAAUGGACUCGCCACUGGUGACGGUGUCACCUCUACUGGCAUUCUUUAUUCCUGUUCUCAUUGAAACACUUCGAAACCGAUCUCACGAACAAACCAAGUCGUCGUCGUCAAUGGCAAACGAAACUAACCGACUGUACGAGUUCCUGGAACGUACCGUAGAACGGAAAUUCCCGGAAUACGAAGCCAUGAUCCGCAAUCUUCACAGUCAAAUCACACCUCCUCCACCACCAUCACAAGUACCACAAGUACCACAUUCACCACAACAACCACAACAACUGUCACCAGCAGCUCAUCCCACCAGCACGACCAUGACACCCCCAAUCAUCCUCCUGUCGAACCACCAGCGACUGGAAGGACUGGCCCACGUGGCCCACCUCGCGGAGCGCUGA